ACUACCUCGAAAUAUAGAAAAUCUUCACAGUCGAUUCACCCAUCCGUGUAAAGAUAAACUAUUUAUUUUAAAUAAAUAAAAAUAAAAACAAAAACAUAAACAAACAAAACCCCCCAAAGGAUCACCAGCCAUAUCUAUUUCUUCUUCUUUUUCUUCAUCUAUUUUCUCUAUUACUUCAUUGAGACAAAAAACUCAAACCAGAGAGAGAAGUUUGAAUUUUGGAGAGUUUGGAGGUUGAUGAUGAAGUUAUCCACAAAACCCAUAUCGAGUCCGGGUCGGACAGAGAAGUUUCCACCUCCAUUGAUGAGGUUUCUAAGAACCAAUGUAGGAAGCAAAAGCAGAGGAAGGUCACGUGCGAGUCCCAUGUUUGUGAGGAAGAAGAACCCUUCUGCCAUUGAAACUCAAGAGCCUUCUUCUCCAAAAGUUACAUGCAUGGGUCAAGUUCGAGUCAGAAGGUCCUCCAAACAAAAACCCAGUAAGCCUCGUCGGACUAAGCCAGCUCCGACGAAGGUGGGAGAUUCGGUUGGUUGCCGGUGUAGAUGGAUUCCGAGAGCUCUGUUAUGCCGCCAUUUUGCUGAGACAUUUACACCCAAGUUGUGUAGACCUGUUUGGAGCAAGUGGUGUUCGUAUUUUCAAGUUAGUUUUCGGAGAAAGGUUGGGAGUAGAGAAGAACCCUCUAAGAUUGGUUCGAGAUUCGAUGUAAAGAGUCAAGAUUCAGACGAAGAAGAAGAAGAAAAAAGAGAAGCUAAGAUAUUUGCUGCUACUACUGCUACGACUACUUGUUCCAGCUCUCCGCCUAAGAACGCUUUCAUUUUGACUCGGUGUAGAUCUGCUCCGUAUAGAUCUUCAUCUUUAGCUUCUAGAUUCUGGGGUUCCCCAUUAAAUUCUGAAAAUAUAGAGCAAAAAGAAGAAGAGGAAGAAGAAGAUUCUUCCAAUGAGCGAAAACCCAUUUCAAAGUUAGAGUCUUUUGAGCCAAUCGAGCCAGAGAUUGAACAAAAGUUAAAGCUUUGCCAAGAAGUUAACGAGUCAACGACCUCAACUGAGAAAAUAUCUCCCGAGUCGGCAAACACAGAGAAUGAAAAAGAAGAAGAAGAAUCGAAAACAGAAAAAGUUGCAGGGUUCGAACGACCGCUCAUACUAACAAGGUGUAAAUCAGAACCGGCCAGAACCGGAGAGAAGCUCGAUCCAGAGUUGCUUUUCUGGAAAAACACAAGGUUGGGUAUCGUAAAUUCAUGCUCACCAACUGUUUGUGAUUAAAAUUAAUUUUCACUUUUAUUAUUAUUUCUUUUCUUUCUCUUUUCCUAUUUUUUUAAUAUAUAAAGUUUAAAAUACUCAAUAUAGAUUUACAGAAUGAAUAUAUAUAAAUCUUUUUCUUUUCUUGUAGAAAAGAUUCAAGAAUAUAUUGAUUAUUUUUUACACUUGUAAGAGAGAAUCUCUAUAUAUUGUAAAUAAUAAUAAUAUUUAUUAUUUAAUAUAUAGGUUUAUAUAACUCA